AUAAACAAAGAUGACUAAAUAAGCAUGGCAAUCUGCUCUGCUCCGACACAGCAGAGUGGGAAGGAUGCCAAGCCACAGCAAUUGCAGAAGAGACUGUGUUUAGUUUGGGAAGGGAUGUCUCGGAAAGUUCCCAGAGCCACAAAGGAGUGAGGAUGGAGAUAGUUCUGAUACAUCGCCCAAGGGGCCAGGAAGGAAAGAGACCCUGAGUUUUGGAACCUGAAGACCAGGGUCCAAGAUCAUCUGUGCUACUUACUUGCUGCUGUGAGAGCUGCAGGGACCUCUCACCUCUCAGCCUUACCACACUUUUCCUGUGGAAUGGGGACUGUGGCCAUCCUUCUCUGAGUCACCGGGAGUGAGGACACAAUGGCCCCAGUGGUUGUUGUGAAACAGCUUCGUCCUUAACAUCACCUAUAAGGACACCCGUUGGCAGGUUCUCCCAGGCCUCGCGACCCUACCCCCAGCGCCUGAGAGGUCAACACACGAGCGCACAGACGUCCAGCGUGAGGCACCCAGGACGCAGCCAGCAUGAACUGGGCGUUUCUGCAGGGAAUCCUGAGCGGCGUGAACAAGUACUCUACCGCCCUGGGCCGCAUCUGGCUGUCGGUGGUCUUCAUCUUCCGGGUGCUGGUGUACGUGGUGGCCGCGGAGGAGGUGUGGGAUGACGAGCAAAAGGAUUUCAUCUGCAACACGAGGCAGCCCGGCUGCCCCAAUGUCUGCUACGACGAGUUCUUCCCCGUGUCCCACGUGCGCCUCUGGGCCCUGCAGCUCAUCCUGGUCACGUGCCCCUCCCUGCUCGUGGUCAUGCACGUCGCCUACCGCGAAGAGCGCGAGAGGAAACACCGCCGCAAACAUGGGCCCAACGCCCCAGCCCUGUACAGCAACCUGAGCAAGAAGAGAGGAGGCCUGUGGUGGACAUACUUGCUGAGUCUCAUCUUCAAGGCCGCGGUGGACUCGGGUUUCCUCUACAUCUUCCACCGCAUCUACCAGGGCUAUGACAUGCCCCGAGUGGUAGCUUGCUCUGUGGAGCCCUGCCCCCACACCGUGAACUGUUACAUCUCCCGGCCCACGGAGAAGAAGGUCUUCACCUACUUCAUGGUAGUCACGGCGGCCAUCUGCAUCCUGCUCAACCUUAGCGAGGUCACCUACCUGGUGGGCAAGAGGUGCAUGGAGGUCUUCCGUCCCCGGCGCCGGAAAGCUUCUAGGAAGCAGCAUCUACCGGAUACAUGCCCGCCCUACGUGAUCUCCCAAGGAGGUCACCCUCAAGAUGAGAGCGCCGUCCUAACAAAGGCCGGGAUGGCCUCAGUGGACGCAGGCCGGAGCUCCAACCAUCACCAACACCGCCCUCAUCUCACAUGGGACUUGCCAACUGAUGCCCAUCAUCCCCCCAGAACUGCGGACCCUCGCAAGGCAGGAGCGGCACCCACCCAGCAUCACAUAUAUAGUAAGAGGAAAGUAAAUUCUCACUGAGGUGACCACCGCAAAGAAUUGCUGCCCCACCAAUAUCCCCGCCAUUCUUCUGCCCUUCCUAUUUAAACAGAACUCCAGAAUUCAGUCCUACUGGACAUACCCAUCUCUACACUUGUGCCGGCUCUGUUGGAGCAGCCCCCACAACCAGAGGGAGGCCUUUGUGGACUCCUGCCCUUCCGCCCUCCUUGAUCUCCUCUGGCUGUUGGCCAUGGUGGCAGCCUCUCCAGUUUCUUCACUCUUAAACUUUCUAGCCCAUUCUGUGUAUCUACAUCCUGUUUCUCAGAAGGAGAACCUCCCCUUGCAACUGCCUCCAAGCCUACAGACCCCAUCUCCCUCCAUGCUUUCCCUCGUACAGGGAAACAGCUAGACCUACACCAGCUAAUUGUCCAAGUUCUCCCCCACCCCAGUCCAUUUCUCUGGACUCUUUGACCCCUACCUCUCUCUGCCCACUUAAGUCUUCUCAGAUCUCUCCCACCUGGUCCUUCCUUGACCCCAUGACCCCCGCAGCUACCUCCCUUUUUCUGGCUUUCACAACCAUCCAUCCUUCUUCACCACCCACUCCCUCGCCUACUCCCUGCGAUCUAUCUCAGCUCCAUCACGUCUCUCAACCUCCCUACCAAUGCCAGUUUCACCUACUAUUUGUCACGCAGCCCAGUGGAAGCUCUGCAGGCCCUGUCUUGCCUGAUGGGGCAUUUAAGGAUACAUGGCCUUUCUUCUGGAAAUUCUUGUUCACGCCGUGACUCCCUUCUUUGUUCCAUCCACCCAGCACUGUUCCUGUCCCUUCAGUUGGGGUUCUGCAGGUCACACCUAACCACAUCACCUGACUCCUUGUCUCCAGAUGAAGCCACUCAGGUUUCAGUCAUGUUUUCAACGGUUUCUAAGAAAAGCAUAUAAUGGCAAAACUUAGGGAGAGAGGAGAUGCUGGUUGAAAAGCUACUGUGUAAAAGCCUCAUUUGAAACAAGAGAGAUGAGAGUCAUCAGUCCUAGAGGAGCAGAGGCCGGCAACAAGCAGAAGAGAGGUCCUAGAUAGUCUCCAGAUUUGAGUCACCACUGUGACCCCAAGGUACCCUGCCCUUCAUGUGCCCCAACAAGCCAAGAAAUUCUCCUUCAUGACAAACAAGUCAUAUCUGUCGUUUGUAAGUGUCUUGACUUGGGGGAUGGAAGGAUGGCUCAGUGAUUAAGGGCACUGUCUGCUCUUGCAGAGGAUCUGAUUUCAGUUCCUAGAACCUACAUCAGACAGCUCACAACCACCUGCAACUCCAGCUCAGGGGGAUCUGGUGCCCUUUCCCGUCCUCUGUAGCCCCCUAUAUACAC